CGGAUAUAUUUAGAUAACAGUGAAACCGAUAUAAAAUACGAUCAUUUCCUUGCCCGAGUUAAAUGAGAACUGAGAGAAAGCACAAAAUGGCUGUUAAUAUGAAAUUGUGUGUGGUAGGAGACGGCGGUGUCGGCAAGAGCUGCUUGCUGAUUUCUUACAAUACAAAUUCAUUUCCAAGUGAAUAUGUACCGACCGUGUUCGACAAUUACUGUGCGGACAUCAUGGUGGAUGGAAAAGCAAUCAGUCUUGCUUUUUGGGAUACCGCUGGUCAGGAAGACUACGAUCGGCUUCGACCACUUUCUUACCCACAGACAGAUGUAUUCUUUGUCUGUUAUUCCGUCGAAAAUAGGGAUUCAUUUGAAAAUAUUUCAGACAAAUGGGUACCAGAAGUACGUCAUUUUUGCCCAGAUAUACCUUUGGUGCUUGUUGCUUGUAAAAUAGCAGAUCUAAGAGGAACAAGUUCAAGAAAAGAUAUGGUCAGCUACGACGAAGGUCUCGCAUUAGCUAAAAAACUGGGAAUGAGAUUUUGCGAGACCAGUGCAUUAACACAACAAGGCUUGAAAAACUGUUUUGACGAAGCUAUACGAACAGCAUUAAACUGUCAGGCAGCUAAGAAGAAGAAAGGCUUUAGUUUAUUUGGCAGCAAGAAGGAGAUUCCCAACCCACCCGUCAUGCCACAGACUGGAUUUGCACCGAAGAUUGAGAUCGAGACAUCAACAUUUGGAGAUGAUUGGUACCGGAUGUUGCAAGAUCCGAAACACUGUGACGUCACGUUUGUUCUGGAAGAGAAACAUCGACUGGACGCUCACAAGACUGUGCUCUGUGCUGCAUCCAAAGUUUUCUCUAAAAUCCUGGGGAUUUCCAAACCUGUCAAGGACAAUCAAAUGAAAGAGAUUAACGCGAUUGAAAACUACAGUGCUGAACAGUUAAAUUCUGGCGCCAUACAAGGCAUAGCUGCCGUUUACCAAAACGAGGCUGACGUCAAAGGUCAACCGCCAGCAGCCAAUCAACAUACAACUGUAGAAUUAAGUGCGGAUAUAAAUGCCAAAACCUUUGUUCGAGUUCUGGAAUUUCUCUACUCAGGAGUUCCACAAUUUCCAGACAUUGACGAUGUAACUGAAGAAGACAUUCGAGAACUUGAGCGCGUGGCAGGAAUAUUUAAACUGACACACUUGCAGACGAUAUGUACAAAUAUCAUCAGUGAACAAGAAUUUCUGAAUCCCAGCAUCGGCACAUACUUGAAUGAUGAAACGGGAGCCAGACUGAAGGAACUUUUCUUUAAUCAACCAGAAAGAUCAGAUGUUGUUUUUAACGUUGAAGGAAAAUACAUUUAUGCACAUAAAUGUAUUUUGAGUGCCCGCUGCGAUGUCAUGUCAGCCAUGUUUAGUGGAAACUUUGUAGAAAGCAAAAACAACAGGACAGAGAUACACAUCCCUAAUACAACUGAAGAGACUUUUCUUGCAUUUCUGGAAUACCUGUACACCGAUCACUCGCCUAUUGAGGAGAAUGACGCAGUGGGUAUUUUAGUGCUUGCGGAUGAAUACGGACAACGUCGACUGGUUAACUUGUGUGAACUGUAUAUUACAAAAGAAGUAGACAGAAGUGUCACAAAACAGAUCGAAAAAUCGGACAUAGAUGUCAUAGGACUGUUACUAACGUCACAGGCAUAUAACGCCAAACAGCUGGCAGAUUGGUGUCUGUUUUUCGUCUCCAGUAAUUACAUAGCAUUUGAACAACGUAAAGAAUUCUCCCAACUCAAAGGAGAAAAUAAAAAGCACGUUGAAGAGAACAGAUGGCCACCAGUGUCGUAUCUGAAAGAAGUGGAAGAAUAUAACAAGAAAUAUGGUGACAAAACGGCAGAUAAAUGUGUCGUUAUGUGAAACCCGAAAUCAUUUCUUGUUAUCUGGUUUCCAGUCUUAGAAUGGUUCCAGUCUGCAGAACCAAUUAUAUGUAACCGUGCACAGCUGCGCAUGUCCGUUUUGAAAACCAGACUUCACUAAAUUGCACACACUGUGCUGAUGAGAAUCUCUUUAGAAGCGACAGAUGGAGGGGUGGAAGAAACCUAACGUUUUGAUUUAAAUUGGCUUCUAAAGCCUGCAGUAAUUGAAAGAAAAUGAAUCCAUUUUUUCAGAAACAUGCUAGUUGAAAUUGUAAUUAUAAGUAUUACAAUCACCACCGUGAUCAUGUUUUGGCAUGUUUAAUUUAUGCUUUAUGUAAGCACUAUAAUCAUUUGUUUAUUACGUGAUGCCGAAAUUAUGUGCAAUAACAUAAACCGGUAUACAAGUAUAAUAUAUAUGGGCAUUUGGACUUCAUCAUUCCAAAGAUGUGAUAUUAUAUAAAUGUAUAAUACACAUGCUUACGUCGUGAAGUUCAUCGCUUGAAUGCUCUGUAUAAAUAUAUGUACGAAAGUUUCAAAUGGACUAUUUGCAUUGUAACCGUUAUUUUCUGUUUGUCAUCUGUGUUUGAUAUAAUAUGCGUAUUUGUUUUUAUAUAAUGUAGAACAAAUAUAAUGCUAUAAUUGUACGAUACUUAAAACUC